AAUAGCGAUGGGUAAUUAGAUAAGGAGAUGGAUGGAAGGGAAGGAAGGAAGGAGGGGAGAGAAGGAAGGGUCUAAGGGGGUCUCUUCCCUUGGCAGGGAACCGCUGCGUGAAAGGGGAGGAGCUGAGCUUGAAAGGGGAGACGGUGAACGACUGCCACGCCGAGAUCAUCUCCCGAAGGGGAUUCCUCAGGUUCCUCUACCACGAGCUGAUGGCGUUCGACCCCCUGGCGACAGAGGAGAGCAUCUUCCAGCUGGCGGAAGACGGGAAACUGAAGAUCAAGGAGGACGUCAGCUUUCACCUGUACAUCAGCACAGCGCCUUGCGGAGACGGCGCACUCUUCGACAAGUCCUGCAGCGAGCAGGCCAACACAGCUGGAGAGGACCAACACCAGCCCCUCUUUGAGAACCCCAAACAGGGGAAACUGCGCACCAAGGUGGAAAACGGAGAGGGCACCAUCCCGGUGGAGUCGAGCGACAUCGUGCCAACCUGGGACGGCAUCCAGCACGGCGAACGCCUGCGCACCAUGUCCUGCAGCGACAAAAUCCUGCGCUGGAACGUGCUCGGCUUGCAAGGCGCCCUGUUGUCCCACUUCAUCCAUCCCGUCUACCUUCGCUCGGUCACGCUAGGCUACUUGUAUAGCCAAGGCCACUUGACCCGCGCCAUUUGCUGCCGGAUGUCCAAAGACGGCAACGCCUUCGGGGCGAGGCUUCCCGCGCCCUAUUUGGUCAAUCACCCCGAGGUCGGCCGUGUCAGUGUCUACGACUCCGCGAGGCAGACGGGGAAGACCAAAGAAUCCAGCAUCAACUGGUGCCUCCCGGAUGGCACCAGCGUCGAAAUCCUGGACGGCACGAAAGGCAAAGUGGACGGGUACGUCCGACGUGGAUCCAUUCGAGACGAGAAUAUUUGGG